AUGAUAAUCUUUAAUGGUUAUAAAUGCCUUUUGGUAUUUUCUAUACUUUGUUAUCUUACACGUCCUGUUUUAUCCGAUUGUCUCAAUGCGCCUAUUGAGAAUUUUGACUAUUUUCCAAAUAAGAUUGCUUAUCAUACUGAAGCUGGAAGAAGAGACUUUGAUGUGACGUACCACAAUACUUACAUCGUAGUCACCACUAAAAAGUUCCUUGAAACCUACGUCCUAUAUUGUACUGCAACCCGACCUGCUGACGCUCCUGUUGUCACCACGAGUUAUAUUCAAGUUCCCGUGAACAAUGUCGCAGUUUAUGAUUCUUCAAUUGUUUCAUUUUUAGAGAUUUUAGGAGAAGAAUUGAAAUUAAAAUACGUCCUCGAUAAGAAGACCAUCACCUCUCCUUGCUUGCAAAAACAUAAUGAUCUAUAUGAACUAUUCAACGCUGCGAAUACAACUCUCGUCGCCGGUACUGACGUUAUAUUUCAGAGUCAACCUUCGAUAACGGGAGGAAAGUUCGUGUCGAUCGCCAUAGAUGAGGAAACUUCAGCAUUAAAAGGAGCCGAAUGGAUCAAAUUUAUAUCACUCUUUUUUAAUAAAACGGAUGUCGCCAAAGAAGCUUACGAUAAAAUUCAACAAAAUUAUUUAUGUCACGUUGACAAUGUUUCUAAAGUACCAAAGAAAUCGAAAAAGUCAAUAGCUUGGGUAUCUCUUGAAAGUGAUAAUACUUUCACCAUAAAACAAACUUCAUUUUAUUCAAACAUUACUAUGGAUGCAGCCGCCGAUCCUUUAAUCAGCAUAACGUCGAAUGUUGAGGUCGAGGAAUUACACAAGGAGCUUCAUGAUGCGUUCAUUGUUAUCGAUUUGUCAGAACUUACACCACCAAAUGAUACGCUUGAUUCGUGGAAACGUCUCUUUGGAUAUCAAACAUCGGGAGUAACGCUUCCAAAUUUCAUCACCCAAAAGAGAUUGUUCCGUACCCGCAAGUUGUUAAAUAACAUGGCUCAUGAUGAUUGGGAUGAAACCUCUCCAUCGCGACCUGAUCUAGUAAUACAAGAUUUGUUAGCCAUACAAUAUCCAUCAUAUCAAAAGGACUAUUAUGUUAGAUGGUUCGAUAAAUUCGCCGAAACUGGGGAUGUCAAAAUAUUAACAGGAGAUCAAUGUGAUGAAAAUACUUUUGGUCUACCAAAAAAUGAUUUCGGAACUUGUGUGCCAAAGCAAUUCACCGGUGAUGGUAAAGACAUCGAUGGAAAUAAAGUCCCCGUUAAAGCUAAAGAUGGUGAUAAUGAUAACAAUGACAAUGACGAAAAUAAGAAGAAAGUGAAACCUGGUUUUAUCAUUGCAGGAGCUUUGUCAGGUGCUUUUGUUAUAUUUGGCCUUGGAACUUGGUCAUUAAUAGUUGCAAGAAGAAAGUACAGGGAAAGAUUUGUCAAAUUGAGAGAUGAACAUGAAAUUCAAUCGAAAGGAGUGAAGGAAGUGAAUGAGAUAAAUAAAUAA